CAUGGGAGGCUGUGGGGUUUUCUGAAACGUUUGUCGGGCUUUUGGCGAAGCAUGAGCUUUUAAAAGGAAUUCUUUUUAAAGAGACCCAUUUGUGUAGCUGGAAAAGAUGAUACACAUGCUAAAUGCAUCAGCCUAUCGGGUGAAAUGGACCAGAUCCGGGGCUGCUAAAAGGGCUGCCUGCCUGGUGGCUGCGGCAUACGCUCUGAAAACCCUCUAUCCCAUCAUUGGCAAGCGUUUAAAGCAGUCUGGCCACAGGAAGACGAAAGCAGCAGCUUGCCCGCCUGCAGAGAACAGAGAAAUACUGCAUUGCACAGAGAUUGUCUGUAAGAAGCCUGCACCGGGACUGAAUGCAGAUUUUUUCAAACAGCUACUAGAACUUCGGAAAAUCCUCUUUCCAAAACUUGUGACCACGGAAACGGGGUGGCUCUGCCUCCACUCAGUGACUCUAAUCUCAAGAACAUUUCUGUCUAUCUAUGUGGCUGGUCUGGAUGGGAAAAUCGUGAAAAGCAUCGUGGAAAAGAAGCCCCGGAGUUUCGUCAUCAAAUUAAUCAAGUGGCUUAUGAUUGCCAUUCCUGCCACCUUUGUCAACAGCGCAAUCAGGUACCUGGAGUGUAAGCUGGCUUUGGCCUUCAGAACUCGCUUAGUAGAUCAUGCCUAUGAAACCUAUUUUGCCAACCAGACUUAUUAUAAGGUGAUAAAUAUGGACGGGCGGCUAGCAAACCCAGACCAGUCUCUUACUGAAGACAUCAUGAUGUUCUCGCAGUCUGUGGCUCACUUGUAUUCCAACCUUACCAAACCUAUUCUAGACGUAAUCCUAACCUCCUAUACACUCAUCCGGACGGCCACAUCCCGAGGAGCAAGCCCCACAGGGCCCACGCUGUUAGCAGGACUCGUAGUCUAUGCCACUGCUAAAGUGCUGAAAGCUUGCUCGCCCAAAUUUGGUACCCUGGUGGCUGAAGAAGCUCACAGGAAAGGCUAUUUGCGGUAUGUUCACUCCAGAAUCAUAGCCAAUGUGGAAGAAAUUGCCUUCUACAGAGGACAUAAGGUAGAAAUGAAGCAACUGCAGAAAAGUUACAAGGCUUUAGCUUAUCAGAUGAACCUUAUUUUAUCCAAGCGUUUAUGGUACAUCAUGAUAGAACAGUUCUUGAUGAAGUAUGUGUGGAGCAGCUGUGGACUAAUUAUGGUGGCUAUACCUAUUAUCACUGCAACAGGCUUUGCAGAUGGUGAUCUAGAAGACGGUCCAAAGCAAGCUAUGGUGAGUGACCGGACAGAGGCCUUUACCACCGCCCGGAAUUUACUAGCCUCUGGAGCUGAUGCUAUCGAAAGGAUUAUGUCUUCAUACAAAGAGAUCACUGAACUAGCAGGCUAUACUGCUAGAGUAUACAAUAUGUUCUGGGUUUUUGAUGAGGUAAAAAGAGGCAUUUAUAGGAGAAAUGCCACUCAGGAGCCUGAAAAUCACAAACAGAGUGGAGGUAACAUGGAACCACCCCUGAGUGACACCCUGGAGAUCAGAGGAACAGUUGUUGAUGUGAAUCAUGGAAUCAUUUGUGAAAAUGUUCCCAUAAUUACACCAGCGGGAGAAGUGGUGGCUUCCAGGCUGAACUUCAAAGUAGAAGAAGGGAUGCAUCUUUUGAUAACUGGCCCCAAUGGUUGUGGGAAAAGCUCUCUCUUCAGAAUCUUAAGUGGCCUGUGGCCUGUGUAUGAAGGAGUCCUGUAUAAACCACCUCCCCAACAUAUGUUCUAUAUUCCACAGAGGCCAUACAUGUCUCUUGGAAGUCUUCGGGAUCAAGUCAUUUACCCUGAUUCAGUGGACGACAUGCAUGAAAAAGGCUACACAGACCAAGACCUGGAAUGCAUUCUGCACAGUGUCCACCUCUACCACAUAGUGCAGAGAGAAGGAGGAUGGGAUGCUGUUAUGGACUGGAAAGAUGUCCUCUCAGGAGGGGAAAAGCAGAGAAUGGGUAUGGCACGGAUGUUUUACCAUAAACCAAAGUAUGCAUUGCUGGAUGAAUGUACCAGUGCUGUGAGCAUUGAUGUUGAAGGAAAGAUAUUUCAGGCUGCUAUAGGGGCUGGAAUUUCCUUACUGUCCAUAACACACAGGCCUUCUCUGUGGAAAUACCACACUCAUUUAUUACAAUUUGAUGGCGAAGGAGGUUGGCGCUUUGAACAGCUGGACACUGCUAUUCGUUUAACACUGAGUGAAGAAAAACAAAAGUUAGAGUCUCAGCUUGCCGGAAUUCCCAAAAUGCAGCAGAGGCUCAAUGAACUAUGUAAAAUUCUGGGAGAAGACUCGGUGCUGAAAACAAUCCAAAAUGAAGAUGAGAUGUCCUAAUUUAUCUUGACUUAUUUUAAGUUAACUUCUAGGUGAAGCCAGAGAAUCUCUCUUUACUGCAUGCAGUAUGUUAAGCUAAGUGCAGAGAAGGCAAGCCAGCAAAAGAGUAUUUUGUAUGACUUUAGCAUCAAGGAAAAUACAUGGCAACUUUUUGAACGAAAGAAAACCAAACACCUUAGUCAACAUUAGUAGUGAUUAAUGUCCAGUGAAAGGCUAACUCACCUGUAAGACAGGACUUUCUAGGACUAGGGGAAUGUGUGUGGUCUGAGGUUCAUCCUGUGGGAGAAAGCCCAGAAGCAAAACAAUAAGGACAGCGCCUGGGUUGAUGUCAGGUGUGCAGAAUUAGGGUGCUGAUUGUUACUUCAGCCGCAUUCGACGAACUGUAGGGCAACAUGCGAGUGAAAGCCAUAAUCAGCCUUUCUAGGGGCCAACUAAAACUGGGUACAGAAGAACAGUUUGAUGAAUAAUUUCAAUACGAAAAAAUGUAUUUUAAUGACAGUGGUUGAAAACAAGCCUGGCUAGACAAGUAUAAAGUACUGUAUUAAAAAAAAAAUUAGACUUUGAAUAUCUUAAUACAGACACAAAAAAUUAACAUUAGUAAGAAUUGUAUGUGUUUGUUUAAGGAAAAAAAAACUUUUAUUUUUUAAAAAGAGAUUUGCCCAUAUGGAAGAGGAUCCGAGCAAAGCAUGUCCUGGCUGCUGCUUGAUUCUGUAGAUAGCUACCACAAUUUCUAUCCAGAAAUAUUGCUUGUUUGGUGCCCCAAAAAAGCAUUUAAAAAACUUGAUUGCUAUCCUAAAUAUGGAUGCUAGAAAUCACGGUUUUGUUCCCACAUUCAUUUCAUUUUACUCUGUCUUUGAAGCAAUCUUUUGAGUCAGAUCAUUUUUGCUCAUUUCCUUCUGAGAAAAUAGACCCUCAGAUUUACUUUUAAUUUUCUGAUUUAUUUUGGAAGAGAAGUAGAGAUCAAAGGAAGUUCUCAUGACUCUCUGAAUCAGUGCUGUUAUCACUAUUGCCCCUUAAAUUUAACUGGGAUAUAGUGUCAAUAAAAAUAAAAAAUAAAAAAGGGAGAUGUGCCAGGAAGGUGGCCCGAAAUGAAAUUGUAUGCAGAGUAGAGAAUGACACUUGCUUCUUGUAGGAGACCUGGGUUUUAUUGCCAGCACCUACAUGGUAGCUUAUAACCGUGUCUAGCUCCAGUUUCAGAGGAUCCGACACCCUCCUCUGGCUUCCAAGGGCUCUGCAUGAGUGCACUGCUCAUAUAUGCAGACAAAACACCCAAACAACAUAGCGUUAAAAAUAAAUACAUCUGAGAGACGGUAAAGAUAUUGAAAGUUGGCAAUGUUCAUGUCAUUAUUAUUUAAUUAGUAUUUGCAAAAUUGGGUAGGAAGUGGAACGGUCAUUGGUCUUUGACUUAAAAUGAACCUAGAAAGUCGGCACACUGAAGCCAUGUUUACACAGCCACCUAAGUGUCUGCAGCUUCAGCGCUAAGAAAGGCAGUACAUUGUACUUCUGGUAAGCUUCACAUUGCUGAAUAAGACGAGAAGCCAUCUAUGUGAACACACCCUGUGGAAUGCGUCUCGUGCGUGUGUGUGCACUGGAGAAUGAAAGCUGUAAUUGGCGCCCUCACCUUGUCCUCUCUCAGGCAGGAUGAUAUAUAUGAAAAGCUGAGAUGAACCGUUUCAGGGGUUUAGGAUUUUGUUUACGUGUUUAGGCAGCAUUCUAGCAGAUGCUAACUUGCAGUAGACUAUUUAGGAGAUAGGCUACCUGGAAGUCAUUCACAAAGAUUGCUGUAAGAAAUUACAGCAUUUCCACAUUUUCGAGUCCACAAAAUUUAGGUAAUUUGAAUUACCAGUGAAUGUAAGGUGAUUACCUCACAUGAAACAAUGUGAUAGAAGAUCAUAAUUAAUACUUUUUUAUCUGUCCGCUCCUACUACUUCUUACUGAAAAUGUGGGGCAAGAAUUAAAGACUUUGUUUAGAAAAAGUAUGGAACCAGAAACUGGCACUUGAUAUUUUUUAAGAAACAAUUCACUAAUCUUUGACAACCGUGUGAGCAGUUAGCCAGGUUAUAGUGCUAAGAGGGGAAACAUUUGGAAUAAGUGUUUUCCAUCGGCUUUGAAAGGCACAAGAGGAAAAUGUAAAGUUCACGCUUGAAGCUAUAGUUUUCAUAAUUUAAAAUAAAACCAUCUAAGACUGGAUGGCUUACAUUUUUAAGCUUCGCAAGGAAUGCCAACACUGAUACUAGAUUUGUAAUUGGACCUUAUUUAAUAAAUGUUACCAAUGAGCUGAAGGGAAACAGAAGACUCAUGACAUAGUGGACAGGGUUCUGCGAUGUUCAAAUUUCUAUUCUAAGACUCUGGUCUCAAAAUUUAAACAUUAAAGUUUCAGGACAAACCUUUUUUUUUUUUUUUUUUUUUUGAGGUGGGGUGUAACUACGUAUUUCCUAAAUUGCUUUUUCUGAGACCAAAUAUCCUCUGUCCUGGAGGGAGAAUCCGAUGUGAAGUUGUGUUAGAUGCCACUGUCCGAAGAGGCAGGUGCAUUUGUGAAAACUUGAGCUCUACUGAGACCUCUCCUUCUUUGGCUACAACAGAGAAUAAUAAGGAAAAUGAAGUAUAGCCUCAGUUGUCAAACUACUUUUCUUUCCCUCAGAAAUGAUGUAAAUUUAUGGAGCUUGAUUAUCUGGGGGUUAACUUAUAAGCUGCGUUCCAUAUAAAUGUGACAUUCUGUCUCUGCAGCACGCUGUGGUAUGCCGAGCAUGAGUCUGAAGCUGUGUUCACCCUUAUAGGUGGGAUAAUCUUGAAAACUCUCUUAAAUCACAAUGAAGUUGAAGAUAUAACUUGAAAACAAACCCAACACAAACUCUGUGUUUACCCAGGAACAGUUUUCUUUUGAUGGUAAUUUGACUUUUGUCCCAAAUUUUUCGUGUAUCAAUAAAGGAAUAAACACA